AUGGACUCCAUACGAGUAGUCAUUUGUGGUGAUGAAGGAGUAGGCAAAAGCAGUCUGAUUACCACUCUUGUGAAGGAGAAGUUUGUGCCCAGCAUUCAGCACCUGAUUCCACCGAUCAGCAUUCCUAAAGAUUUCUCGGGCUCGCCCUAUUCCCCUAAAUCUAGCGUCCUGAUCGAUACUUUAUCUUCAGAUCUGAACAAUGUCCAGGACCAGAUCCGCCAAGCAGACGUGAUAUGGUUGGUAUACUCUGAUCGCUACACAUAUGAGCGAAUUUCUCUGUACUGGAUCCCAAUGUUCAGAUCAAUGGGGGUCAACUUACCUAUUGUGCUGUGCAACAACAAAUCCGAUCUGGAUGAACUACCCGAUGAAAGCGAGUCAAUUUUGAACGAAGAGCUUAUUCCAUUACUUAAAGAGUUCAAAGAGAUAGAAGCAUGCAUCCGAUGUAGUGCCAAAGAAAACUACAAUGUUAACCAGGCGUUUUAUCUCUGCCAAAGAGCAGUUACACAUCCAAUUGCACCAUUGUAUGAUUACAAGGAAAGCAAUUUAAAACCGCUCGCAUUAAAUGCGUUGAAAAGGGUGUUUUACUUGUGCGACACUGACCAGGAUGGCUAUUUGAACGAUGCUGAGUUCCUGCAGUUGCAGCUUAAAUGCUUCCACAAGUCUCUGGAUAUUAACGAGCUAAACACAAUCAAAAUGACACUUAAUUCAGCAUUACCUGGAACGGCAACAGAAAGGGGAAUAACCGAGGAAGGCUUUUUGGCUCUUAACAAACUGUACGCUGAAUCAGGUCGUCACGAAACUAUAUGGGGAAUUUUAAGAGCUUUUCACUACACAGAUUCUCUUUCCAUAGACGACAAAAUUCUCUAUCCAAAGAUAGAUGUCCCGCAUGGCUCAAGCGUCGAACUUUCUCCUAACGGGUACAGGUUUUUGGUGGACUUGUUUCUUCUAUUCGAUAAAGACAACGAUGGAGGCUUGAACGACGAAGAACUCAAUCAGCUCUUUUAUCCUACACCAGGGGUUCCACGAUCCUGGCAAGAGUUCAAUUUCCCGCGCACAGUGGUGUGCAACGAACAAGGUUAUGUGACUUUACAGGGAUGGUUGGCUCAGUGGUCGAUGACGACUUUUUUGGACUAUAAAACAACACUCGCCUACCUGGGCUACUUUGGGUAUGAGGAUAAGUCUACCAUUGGCAAGGUAAGUGGCACCACGACAGCUCUGAGGAUUACAAAGCCUCGAAAAGUGAGAAAACGCAAUGGGAAAGUGUACAGAGGAAGUGUUUCUGACAGAACUGUUUUCAAUUGUUUCAUCUUAGGCGCGCCAGGAUGCGGCAAAACCUCACUUAUGGAGUCUUUUUUGGGUCGGCAAUACAGCGAAGUUUAUUCGCCUACAAUUCAACGAAGCAUUGCCGUCAAUAAUGUUGAGCUGAUUGGCGGAAAACAAUGCUAUUUGAUUUUGGAAGAGCUAGGGGAGUUGGAACCCGCGAUACUUGAAAACUCCUCUAAGCUAGACUCCUGUGAUGUCAUAUGUUUAGCGUAUGAUUCCUCCGAUCCUGAAUCAUUCCAGCACCUUAUAGAGCUGCGCAGACUGUAUCCGAAACUCGAUUCAAUCCCUAUGGUUUUUGUUGCCCUGAAAGCAGAUCUGGACAAACAACAACAGAGGUGUGAUAUACAGCCAGAGAACUACACAAGAUCGCUAUUUUUGCCGCCUCCACUCCACAUAUCGUCCAGCUGGGCAUCCUCUUUGACCGAGCUCCUGGUUCAGCUGGUCAACUCAGCAGCCGAGCCUCGGAGCGCCACUUCAGGCCUCGAACCCGAGCCCAUAGAUACAGAAGGCCUAGUCAAUCCUUUCCUGAUAGGUUGUGGCGCAGUCGGAUUCAUGGUUAUCGUUUCUGUGUGGUAUCUUCGAAAAUCUAUAGUUGGAGAACGAUAG